UUCUUAACAGGAUUACAGCUCAUCAUCUUCCUCUUCUUCCUCAUCAUCAUCAUCAUCCUCAUCCUCCUCCUCCUCCUCCUCCUCCUCCUCCUCCAGCAGCUCUUCAGACAGUGACAGCGAGGAUGACAAGAAGAAGAAGAAAAAGAAGAAGAAGAAGAAGAAGAACGAAGAAGGAGAGAAAGAGUACGCCUGGGACAGUGUUAUCAUAACUAGUUCUGGUGGCCAAGAGGAGCAGCAUUGUGCAGAAGUUAUGAAGAUAAGCCAGGAUUUCAUCUCGUCAGAUGACGACGACGACAAGAAGAAAGAGAAGAAAAAGAAGAAGAAGAAGGACAAGAAGAAGAAAAAGAAGAAGGAUUCGUCCUCUUCCUCAUCUGACAGUUCAUCCUCCGACAGUGAGGAUGAAAAGAAGAAGAAGAAGAAGAAAAAGAAGAAGAAGAAAAAGAAGAAGAAGAAGGACUCCAGCUCGUCUUCCUCAGACAGCUCUUCAUCCUCCUCCUCUGACAGCGAGGAAGACAAGAAGAAGAAGAAGAAGAAGAAGAAGAAGAAAAAGAAAGACAAGUGCAUGGAUUCCAGCUCCUCGUCUUCUGACAGCGAUGAAGAUGAGAAGGCGAAGGACAAGAAAAAGAAGAAGAAGAAGGACAAGAAAAAGGACGAAGAGCGGAACGAGCUCUGCGGCGUCGCUGCUCUUUCAGCUGCUGACGGUGAGACCGAGGGAGAUAAAAAGAAAGAUGAAUGUGCUGACAAGGCCAAGCGAGACCUUAAAGCAAAAGAAGAAGGCAAACUGUCCUCUGCUGGGGGCGCGAAGGCAUUCGCCGAUGGUAUCGAAGAAGGCCAGCUGAGUGACGAUGAGCGCGAAGGAGGGGAGGAGAAGGAGAAGAAGAAGAAGAAGUUGAAAAAGUUGAAGAAGUUGAAUAAGAAUAAGGAAAAGGAUUCUGGCUCAUGCUCAGACAGUGACGAUGAUAAAAAAGACAAGAAGAAAAAGAAGAAGAAGAAGAUGAAGAAAGAAAAGGACUCCAGCUCCUCCUCUUCUUCAUCGGAUAGCUCCUCCUCAGAGAGCGACGAUGACAAGAAGAAGAAGAAGAAGAAGAAGAAGAAGAAGAAGAAGAAGAAGAAGAAGAAGGAUUCCAGCUCCUCCUCCUGCUCUUCUUCAUCCUCGGAUAAAGAAGAAGAAGAAGGAUAA